GGCUGUCGCGUUCGACGUGUCAGACUGAGGUUCCCUUGCGGUGUGGCAGCACAAAGAGCGGCUUAAACCAGUACUUAAGCCGGAUUCAGAGAGAGCCGGCUAAUCUCCCCUGCUAAUCCGCUUGACUCCUGUCGGCAGCUCAAAAGCGGACUGUUUAUUCGGACUAAACCACCUUAAUGACAUCAUCUCUGGGAGUUCAUGUCCAGUCCUCUGGGUCCCAGAGCCACGCGAGCGGAUCACAAGAUGGCCUCUACGAGUCGUUGCUCCUCUCCAACAACAGGCAGCGCCGCAAUCGAACUACUUUCACGGCUCAGCAGCUGAACGAGCUGGAAAACUUGUUCCAGAGGACUCACUACCCCACCUUCUACAUGAGGGAAGACGUGUCAAGACGAAUCCGUCUCUCCGAAGCACGUGUUCAAGUAUGGUUCCAGAACAGGCGUGCCAAGUGGAGGAAGCACCACAGAGGACAACUACGUGCGCCUCCUGGGCAAGGUACACCCUCUGGAGGAGCAGCGGUGCAAAGGGAGCCAUUAUCCAGGGGUGUUCCGCUGCCUGCCCCUUCUCCGCUUUGGCGUACCGUGAAGCGUUUCCCAGGGGCAGGAGAUUCCUUCUGGUUUUCGGAUGGAUUUCGAAGUUCAGCGCCCCCAAUUAUACAUGAUCCCUACGCUGCUAUCGCGCACAAAAGAAUGCAUCCUCGGCGGGAAAUUUACCACCAGCAAUACAUUUACGUCUUCGCCACGUACAUAGCAUUGCUGGCUGUGACAUCUCUACCCACUAGCGUGAAAUCUCAGUACGUGCUGUACUCUCCGACAGGUGUGGCAUCAGGACGAGCAGACUCAUUGGACAACGCCGACCUGGCACGUUUCUUGACGGACUUCCUUCCAAGCCGAGACGCCCUGGCGUACCUGAACGGCGGCAAGCGAUCAUUGCAGAACGCAGCCGAGACAGCCGCCCCUCCGGGUUUCCUUGGAGCCCGAGGUCGUCGUCGGGAACACCUGGCUGUGCCACCAGGUUUCGUCGGUGCUCGCGGAAAACGGCCUUCCGGUGCAGUUCCAGAGGCCUACUCCGAAGUAUUCGACGGCCCCUCACGCAGCUGAGGUGGUCUAAGUAGUGGUCUAAAUAGGAUCCUGGUGCCUGACAGUAAACCUAAUAAAAAUACAUAGAGGUC